GUUGUGGUGGUGUGCGCUGUGUGUGUGGUGCCGCCGUGAAAUUUGCUCUCGCUCCUCUUCGUUUUGAAGGAUUACACGCCCCCGAUGAAGCAGAUCGUGCAACGCCGCGCGCAUCGCCGAAAGUUGCCGCCUGUGACGUGACACAAGCUACGUUCACCGCCGAUCGUCUUCGGUCAUGGUUCGCCCCGUGUUGGUGCCUCGUUCGCUCGGUUUAUGAUUGGUUUCGAUCAUGUCAAAGCUACCGGACCACAACGAUUGGGUCAGGAGCUUCUACGUAACGAAUCCCACUCGGCACAAGAAGGGAUACACAAUCUACAAGGUUGUCUCUAAGGUGUUUCCCAAGAACUCUGUGGAAGCGGCAUCUCAGGUCGUUGUAUGGAAAAGGUACAGCGACUUCCGCAAGCUGUACAAGGCGCUCCUUCACCUUUACCAGGGCCUUCAUCUGAAAGGAAACUUCCCGAAGUUCGCCAAGGCUAGCUAUUUUGGUCGUUUCGACGAAGAAACGGUGGAGGAACGUCGCAAGGCUGCUCUCUGCCUUUUGGAUUUUGCCGCUCAGUAUCCCGUCCUUUUCAACAGCCAAGUGUUUGUGAAGUUUUUUGAGAACAGCCAAGAAUGCCACGAUGAAGCUGAAGGAGAGAUGUCGGGGCUGAGUCCACCCUUGCUCGCACCGCCGUCCAAAUCCAGUGACUCCUCGUCCAAUCAACGUGUCAACCACGCUACAGAUGUUGCGGGUGGCGAUUGCUGUUCUGAAGUGUCGUGGGGUCCAUCUUUGACUGCCGACAGCGUCAGCCUGGACUCUCGCACGACCACGGAGGAAGAAGCGGAUCGGUCUGCUCGUUCCACGGCUACGGAAGGAGAGGAAGACGACCGGCAUUCGACUUCGCAGCAAACGUCGCCCGCAGGAUUCCUCCGUCCUGACAUAGCCGAAUUUGACCCCGUCCUACAGAAGGAUGAUGACGAUGACUCGACUUCGUUGAGCAAUGCGUGGAUCCUGUCGGCUGCUGAUGCCUGUGUUUCCCUCGGAGACGAAUCUACGCCCACACCCAGUGGUCCCGCGUUUGUUUUUCCAAAUCCUGGCCAGGAAACAGUGGAGGAAGAGGCUGAUGACUGGACAGCGUGGGAUCUGAAAGAUGCCGACAAGAGCUGUGGAGUCAGGGAGACGGAGCGAACAUGGCACGAGUCAGCCACAAGUUUCACACCUGGCACGCCGGUGUCACCACUGGACACUGAGGGUGUCGCUUACCUCUACGAGGCAACCAGCUCUGCUGCCAAAGCGUAUGCCUGCGAAGCCCAAGGCGACUUUGUGGGGGCCUUCUCUCUCUACAAGGUGGCCGUCAGCUGCCUGCUCGAAGGAGUGCAGAAGGACAACAGUGCCUCACGGAGAGAUGCAGUUCGACGAAAGACUGCGCAGUACCUGGCGCGUGCGGAACAAAUAUACGAGCAUCGACUGGCAAGACGCAUGGAAGGUGAACGGCGGUGGUCUCUAAGUCAAGGUCCCGAGGUUUUGGAGUCCUGUGCUCCUAUUUCUGGCAGCUUUUCAGUGCCUGCGUGGGGUCCUGGUCUGAGGGGACCCAUUCAAGACCUGAAACACUACAAGGUCAUCGGUGUCGUCGGCACUGUGCUUCUUGUCCUGGAUAUGCGGCGAAGUCAGACUGUUGUCAUUAAGGUGCUACACAAGAGUCCCGGUGGCUCGUCAGCUGGUCGCCCCAGUGUGGUGCCUCAGGGUGUGCCCCACAUGGCCCAGCUGCUGUGCCUCUACGAGACAGACUGCUCGUACUUCCUCGUGCUGGAGUAUGCCCCGGGCGGCCGACUCUGGGACUGCCUGGCGCCGUACUUCACCAACCAGCUGCCUUUUCCCAACCGUGCUCGCGAGGUGUCCUACACGGGAUCCCCUUCACCCCCCUCGAAUGGGUCGCCGGCAUCUGCAUGCUUGCCGAGUGGUGAACCUGUACCUCUGCCUCCCUCGGAAUGUGAUUUUGCUAUUGCUUGCUCAGAAUCUCAGGCCACAAUUACUGGGGCAUCAGUCGUGUCUACCCUUGCUAGGACUUCUCCAAUCGAAGGACGUGUUUCAAGUGAUCAAGCAUUGGUCAGCACCACCGAUGCGUCUAGAGUACAAACGGAUACCAAUGAAAAUUCGUUACAUUUGCCAUCCGUCGUUACCACGGCACCUUCUCAAGACAGUGUAGAGAUUCCCAAGGACCCAAAUAACUGUGAUGUGCCAGGCUUGGAAAAGCCCAUCAACAUUCUGACCAUUGACAAGCCGAACAAAAACCAUUUGAGUAGUAACAAAAACAGGAGUCAGGUGGUGGGCAGGUCUCUAGAAAACAUUGUCGGCAGGAACAAUGCCCUCAACGUGCCGAUCUCCAAGGCAGAGAGUCACAGUUACUCUGGUGAGUGUCCAACUAACCAGGAGGCCAGAAAAGAUGCUCCAAAGAGUGCGGGCAGCCCCAGAAAGCCAGCAAAGCAGUCGCUUUCCUCUCAAGCUGCCGAGGCGUUCCGUGAGCUCGACAGCCUCUCCAAACAACUAGCCAAGCCGAGCCACCUUCCAGAAGCCUGUAUCCGGCUCUGGGCUGCAGAAAUUGUGAUGGCGCUCGGGCACCUUCAUCGGCUGGGUGUCAUUAGGCAGGACCUCUGUCCUCAUGACGUCCUUUUGGGAGAAGGGGGUCAUGUGGUCCUCACGUACUGCUGCUACUUCAAUUGUGUUGAUCGGUCACCCAGUCAGUUUGCUCGGGAGAAUCAGUAUUGUGCUCCAGAAAUCGACAACUUGGGUCCUGUGACGCCAGCAUGUGAUUGGUGGAGUUUUGGAGCGCUGUUGUACGAGCUGUUCGCUGAAGCUCCAUUGAUAUUAUGCCAUCCCGGUGGUGUUACACCAAGCACUCGCCUUUAUAUUCCCGCCCAUGUUUCUGCCGAAGCUGCAGACUUGUUGGAAAAGCUCUUGGAAUACCAUGCUCAUCAGCGUCUUGGCCACGGCCCCACGGGCACCGAAGACGUCAAGCGUCACCCCUUCUUUGCAGCGAUAGACUGGAAAAGAAUGAGUCUCCCGAAGUGAACCGUGUAACCUCGAAGUCUUGCUCAUGAUUUCCACACUUUUCAUCCCCACAUUCACGUCACUAAAAACUGUUCUCAUUUGGGACUGAUGUGUGAAGGUCAUAGUCGUUUCCAUCCAGCACUCGCCAGAGAUGCAUUUUGAAUGUCAACACUGGACUGCUUCACUGAAACCAUUCUCUUCUCACCAUUGAUGAUACUUGCAAGCAGAAUCGCCAUCGUCAUUACACUACGUGUCACAUAUGUUGAGUUUGCUAAUGUGUUGUUUAUUUGUUGUGCUCAUCUGAAACUCGUCGCUGGCUUGAAUUCCCGCUCAUUGUCUCACUGUCAGUGCCUUGGCAGCUGACCGCCAGUGGCUGUGUCGGAAACAAAUGUGUCUGUGAUUGAUCUUGUCUGAUGCUCUUGUGAACAUCUGAGGUAUUUGCCAGUUAAAUGUCAAUAAGGCAAGCUUUAAUGUAAUAAAUUUCUUGAUGUAACGAAAUAGGUAACGUUUUACAACUUUGCCUUCGUAGAAUGGCUCAUAUUUAUCACCUUAACAUUAUGAAAUGCAUCAAUCCGCAGUCUUGAGGUGAUCAAAUUUUACUUCUGCCGCAUAGGAAGAUUAAGGUGAUAAAAUGAAAUUUCUGCAGGUACUAGUAGACAAAUGGCGUAGUUGUGCCUGGUUUCUGCUAAUACAUUCCUCAAAUUGCAUCCCGUAUGACGGAGAGUGGCCGACAAAGUGGAACGUCUUUUCUGACAACAACCAAGCUCGAGUCAGCCAGUGCCCUCAGCACUGCAGUGUCUUCAUGUCAUUAAUGGGUUUAUCACUAAAUCAUGGCUGAUGGGGAAUGAUAGGCUCCAAUUAUAACUACUUCUUGGCUCAUUCUGCAACUAAAUGCUUUUAUUGUAAGCCUUUCGGAUAUAUAGUAGAGUAUCGUUAAAUGGAAACUGAAAGGGCGAGGAAAAUGUUUUCUGUUUAACAGCAGUUGUCUUUACUGGGAGGUGAACAGGGGAGCAGAAUUCAAGCACGGAACCAAUCAUAUUAGAGCCAGCUGUUCUAUUUGAGCAGCAGUUCUAUUAAAAGAUUCCUGAAUCUAUUUUAACUUAAUGAGAGGCAAAAAUCUUCGAAUUAUUUUUAUGAAAACUACAUAAAAAUAAUUCGAAGAUUCGUGCCUCUUACUUUUGCACCUUACUUUAUGAAAACUACAUGAAAGGGCGAGUUAGGCAGCCUAACGUUUAAACGGUGUGAAACGAAAUGAUUCAAAACUUGCCCUUGAUCUGACUUUUCGUUCUUUCAGUUGUAUGAUUGUUUCAUUUCUAUUUUUAGCUUUCAUAUUCACUUUUGCAUGAUAGCUUACAAUCUAGCAUGCCAUGAUGUAAUGAGAGAGGUGCCAUGAACACAUCACGGUGACAUCGUUGCAUUCGUGUUCACCUGGCAUUUCGGUGAUUUAGUCAAGUUUAGUGGAACAAUAAAAAUGUACCGUUCAAGGCCUCAUUUUAUGCUUUGGUUUUUAACAACAAAGAACUUGAUUGUUAUAGAAAGAAAGAGAGCACUCUUUUGCGUUGAAUCACAUGUAAUAUAUGUACUGCAAUCCUGAAUGCUAAAUGUUGCAACAGUGUGGUGCGGCGGCAUACGCAUCUUCAUAUGUGAAGCUUGUAUAUUUGUCAAUGAAUUGUGUAAGUGCAGGUGCGCUGCGUGUCAAAGCUGUUCUGGCUUUUAGUUUGCUUCAUCGUUACUCUCAAUAAUUUCUUGCUUUUCUUUCAUUAUCGUUAUGAACACACAGAUCUUUUUUCCAUUGUAGACGAUACGUAGAACAAAGACAAAGCACGCCGUCAAGGGGACACUAAACAGUUUGUGGAGCACGCUUGUGGGUAUUCCCUCAUGAGAACAGUUGGAAGCACAGAAGGAAAAAUAAAAACAGGUAUGAAAGACAGACACAGACUAAAAGCAUUUUUGCUGUGUGACUACAUCACGCUUCUGUAGUACGAAAAGAAUAACCAUUCUUCUUGCAGGUGGAGUAUUCGUAACCUAUAGAAAACAAAUAAAAUGAGAUGUGUGCCUAAUGUUCCCUCACCAACUCUUAUGCGAUUGGUUUAGACAACAUCUGUUGAAGAUUAUCGGUGAAAAGGGAUGAUGUUGCAUUCUAAAAGAACCGAGGAAUGAACGCAAUAAGGGCAGAGAACAUUUUAUUGACUGUGAUGGCUCAAAUAUUAGAAAAUACCUCGAAAUACGCGAUACCAGUGCUGGGAUUUUCGUUUGAAAUUCUGUAAAGAAAUGACUGGCUUCCGUUAUUUUCACCCGUAAUCAACCCUUCCUUUUUCUGCCAAAGAAAUAAUAAUAGCGGCGCUCAAGGGCUGCUCUGGUAGUUUUAAGGCAAUUUUGUUUUUCAUGCUAAUUGUGUGAAAAUUAGUUGAGGAGAGCAAAAUAUAUGAAACUGACUUGGUGGAGAAAUAUAUGCAAUGUGACGUGGUGGUGCCUGUGUCGACAAAGUGCAGCAAAGUGUGGUUCUCGGCAUCAUCGCAAAGCAUGUGUUCACUUUGGCCACUGUCACUCCUCACUUUUAGCUCUUUACAUCAGGUAGCGAGUUUAACUCGAAGCUGAUCGCUGAAGUGUUGCUGUUGUGUGUUUACCAAUGGCGAGUUUUCACUCAUAAGUCGCGGCUCUUGAGGAACUGCAGCUUACUCCGGUAAACCCAGGCUUUAAUGAAGACGUCAAAAGUUAUUUUUUUAGAGCAAUUUUAGGAAUGAGGUCCUCAGGCUUUGUCUCGUGAUAGUGCUUCUUAGGUCACAGUAAACUUUUGCCUGUAUUUUAUCUUUUGUGAAGUACGAGUA